AUGGUUCCCACGGCGCCGCCGCCCCUCUUCCCCGGCCAGGACCGCGGACCGACUCACUCGCCGACUCGGAACCCUCCGCCCGCGGGAUGCGCCGGCGGCUCCUCCUCCCCGAGCCCCAUCCAGUUCGCUCGCGUCGACGCCCAGCGCUUACCGGCCGCACCUUCGCCGGAGCUACCGGAGGACAUCUUAAUGGCCAUCUUCGCGGCCCUCGAGAUCCCCGACCUCGUGCGCGCCGGCGCCGUCCGCACCACAUGGCGCUCCGCCUAUGUCGCCCUCCGCGACCUAGGCAAGCACAAGCAGCCCCAGACGCCGUGCCUGCUCUACACCUCUGAAUCUACCGCUGACAACGUCGCCUGCCUCUACAGCCUGGUGGAGAAGAGGGUUUACAGACUGACUCUCCCGGAUCCUCCGAUCCGCCGCCGGUUCCUCAUCGGGUCCUCUCUCGGCUUCCUGGUUACAGUCGACGAGCUGUCUGAAGUGCAGCUCGUCAAUCCCAUCACCGGUGAACAGAUUGCUCUCCCUUCGGUGACCACCAUGCCGCACGUGAAGCCCAUCUGUGAUGACUCCGGUGCUGUCCACAAGUAUGAAUACACAAGGGACUCUUGGGAACGAGCUUUCAGCACGUCGAUCUAUGCUCUCUGUGAGCUGCGGGAAUCCUUCUACUUUAAGGCAUUUGUGUUCUUUGAUGCAUCCACAGGAAGCUUCAUCGUGGCGCUCAUCCAUGAGCCAUUCGACCAGCUCUCUUUUGCAAGAGUAGGGGAUGAUAAGUGGACAAGGCUGCUGCCACACGGUGACUAUCGGGACUGCACCUACAAGGAUGGGUUGUUGUAUGCGGUGACUAUAGGGGGAGAGAUUCAUGCCUUCGAUCUUAGUGGUUCUGCUGUUACAGUGAAGAUCAUUAGGGGGAUGGAUAUGAAUUUAGAUCUCGACGCCGUGUACAUUGUCCAAGCUCCAUGGGGUGGUCUGCUGCUUGUUUCGAGAACAAUAGAGAUUGAGGAGCCUGCUGAUGAAGACGCCGAUCCUGAAAUAGCUCUUCCCAAAUAUACUGUGGAGAUUAAAUUACACAAAGUUGAUGUGGGCACAAUGAGGCUUGUGGAAAUUGAUUGCUUGCCUGACCAUGUGCUGUUUCUUGGGCAUAACCAUGCACUUUGUCUCAGUGCAAAAGAAUAUCCUGCUCUCAAGGGGAAUCAUGCCUACUUCACUGAUGAUGAUGAGUACAUUACGGGUCGUAAGAGUUGUCGUCGUGAUAUAGGAGUGGUUGACUUGGGCAGUAAUACCAAGGAGGACCUUGUUUCUCCCCAGCUUUGGUCCAAAUGGCCUGCUCCUGUGUGGAUUACACCCAAUCUCACAAUGAUGAAACAUGCGUGGAAUAGCCCUUGCCUCAAUGGACGACAGCAUGAAGUUUAGUAUGUCUGUGACCGAUGUGUGUGAAAUUGUGUUUCUGUUGUGAGUUGUGAGAGAAGUCAGAGUUUGUCAUGUCUCAGUGCUCUUACUUUCAUGUUUACCGUGUAUACCUUGUCCCGAAAUGUCUAUAGAGCCUUGCCGUCGAAUUUGAGGUCGUAAUAAUGUAGUCAACUUAUUCUGGCAUACGUUUUGCUAAU